AUGGCGAAAUGGUUCGAAGACGAAGGCUUUUCAAACAAAGUUUGUAAGCUUGUUUACGAAAACUAUGAACGACUAGGGAAGAAAGGAAAACCAUUAGCAGGAAGAGAAUGGACGAUCCUGGCUGCUGUUGUUGCUGUUUUCGAUGAGGGGCAAGAAAACGAUUACAGAUUAGAGUUAAUCUCGUUGGGCAGUGGAUCAAAAUGCCUUGGUCGAAAUCAGCUUAGUACAACAGGAAAUCUCCUGAAUGAUAGUCAUGCUGAAGUCAUUGCACGCAGAGGCUUCCUAAGGUAUAUUUAUCAAGAGUUACAGAAUUGCUAUGGUUCAAAAGAGAGUAUUUUUAUGUCUGAUAAACACACUAAAAAGUGUUCAUUAAAGAAUAGUAUCAGCUUUCAUCUCUUCACUUCUCACACACCAUGUGGCGAUGCGUCAAUAUUUCCGAAGGGAGGAGACUCAACAAUGAUUAUUGAGAGAAGGAAAAAAAGAAAAAAUAUUAGCUUGUUGGAACAUGACUCAAAAUACAUUUGCAUGGAUAACGAAAAUGUGGGAAAGCAGUCUGAUAAUGGAAUGGGACAAAAAAGACCCACUUUUUCAGUAAACCUGGAAAGUUCUGCUUUGCCAAGUGAAGACAAUGUUUGUACUUCAGAUAUUUAUAGAACUGGUGCAAAAUGUGUGCCUGGUGGUCAACAGGAUUUACAUGAUGUUGGAUCAGGCUUUCAUAAUGUUGGAGUGUUAAGAACUAAACCAGGAAGGGGUGACCCUACACUUUCCAUGUCUUGCAGUGAUAAAAUCAUGAAAUGGUGUGUGUUAGGUUGCCAAGGUGCAUUGAUUUCAUAUUUUCUCGAGAAACCAAUAUAUCUUGCCUCCAUUGUGCUCGGAAAAUGUACCUACGAUCCGGGAGCAUUAAGACGAGCAUUGUUUGAAAGAACCAGUGCGGUUGGUCCACUCCCCAAGGGUUAUCAAGUAAAAGAACUCAGGCUUUUGCCAGGGGACAUGGAGUUUGAAGGUGGAAAAAGAAGAGCAGAAGAAAUUGGAGGGAAGACAGAAGAAGAAAAGUUAACACCUUCACCCUCAGCCAUAAUCAUGAUUAGAAAGCCAUCAGUCCAUGAGGUGGCGAUUAACGGCCUGAAACAAGGGGUAACGAAAUCAAAUAGAGACUCACAAAAAUCAAGAUUGUGUAUAUGUAAGAUAGAAUUAUUCAACCAAUUUAAAGCGGUCUUGGCAAUGUCACAAGUUUCAAGACAAGAAGUCCAAUCUUCAAAAACAUAUAAACAGUUCAAGGAUGACGCAUUUCCUUACAACAAAGCAAAAGAAAGUUUUUGUACUGUUUUUAGUACCUGGUUGGAGAAACCAAGUUAUUUAGAACAGUUCACUGAGUAAUGUCUUCAAAAGGUAAGCCUCAAUUGUUCAUUCCUUUAGGAAAUUAGCUUUGAAUUAUAGAAACUAAUAAUUGGAACUUUAAGAGUAAAAAUUAAAC